AUGACAAGUGCUAGCAUGCCUUCCACACCUGCGGCAGUUUCGUUACAGCAAGGAAAUCAGAUGGCGCCUACAACGACCGGCGGUGCUACAUCGUCGGCUGGGCAAUUUGAACAUAUCACUGUAAUGACCAGUUUGCAACAAACUCCGGAAGCAUGCACUGAAAUGACAGUCUCGUCAGCUGCUGAUGGUGGGGCAUACGCAGUUAUCACUACGACAAGUGCGGCCGGGCUUCAAAUUUAUCCUCCGUCAGCAAUCACCCAGCAAGUUCAACAAUCAACAACACCAGCACUCAGUCGUGGUGGUGCUACAAAGCAGCUUGCCAGUAUAGCUAUGACAGCUGGUGAUGACGGGCCAACUGUACGACAGCACUUGCAGCAGCAGCACAAAGUUCGCCUACAGCAGCAACAGCAACAGCAGUUGGCACUGCAGGAGAGAAUGAAGUCAGAUAAGGUAUCCGUUUUCGCCGGAUUGCUUUUGACGAUUUUCUGUUGCUCAGGCCCAUCAUAG